CGGAAACUAUCAUACAUUAGUCACGUGACGUUGUACACAGAAAUAUGCCAUGUUCUGCCUGCUCGAUCUCAAAGUUUGGGAGAAAAAUGAGAUGUAACUAUUAUACCAGUCAUGAAGUAUUAUACAUCAACAUCCGAUGUACAAUGUGGUGUGCCGCCUAUCCCUCCGAACGAGAUGUCGUCUAACAUUGUUGGUGGUGAGGAAGCUAGGCCAAACAGUUGGCCCUGGAUGGCGGAAGUCAUCAAGACUCCGACUCAUCAUUACUGUGGGGGCGCCCUCCUCGACGAGCAGUGGGUAGUCUCUGCGGCGCAUUGCUUCAAAGGACAUAUAUCUGAGUACUGGUUUUCCUUAGGAGGUCAUUGGAGCGCCAGUUACUACCCAAGUGAUUAUGAAACAAAUCGGCAGACAUGUAGGGCUUUGAAGAUCAUCCAACAUCCGAAUUACGAUGAGAAUGUGAGGGGGUACGACAUUGCCCUCGUAAAACUUGCAGAAAAGGUCACGUUCAAUGAUUACGCCCAACCAGUAUGCCUACCUGAUAAAAGACCCGAUGAUGGGCAGAUGGUCUAUGUCACUGGCUGGGGAGACGUAGAGUAUGAGGGGAGUUCCGCAAACAAACUUCGUCAGGUCAGUCUACCCAUUGUCAGUGACCGUGAAUGUGAAUGGGUUUAUGGCAGACAAAAAAUAGAUGACACCAUGAUCUGUGCUGGAACAGAUAGUGGAGGAAAGGAUUCAUGUAACGGGGAUAGCGGUGGACCGAUGGUCGAGAAAGUCGUGCAAGGCUCCGGCUUCCAGAAAAGAGAAUUUUGGGCUCUGGUUGGAAUCGUCAGCUGGGGAAGCGGCUGCGGAUAUCCCGGUAUACCUGGGGUGUACACCGAUGUGGAUAACAUGAGAAGCUGGAUAGAAGAUACGAUGGCCAACAACUGAUCAUAUCCCUCCCCCUCCUCCUAGAGUAAUCUGAGUGUAUCCAAAUUUAUGCAAAUGAUGAACAAUUCUUGCAGGAUACGAUGAGCAUAAAAGCUGUAAAGGUCUUUCAGC